AUGUAUAAGUCGGAGAGGACUCUGAGAGAAGAGAGAUGUGCGCAAGUGAAGCACUACCCGUCUUUUUCUUCCACCCUCCUGGACGAAAUCUACAGAUCCAUUGAUGAGCCUGACCCAAAAGGCGAGGACUUGAAGUUUAACGGCGACGCGGCAAUGGCGAGGAAACAGAGCAUCCGGGAGAACAAGAAAUGCGGCUCCAAAAGCGGCAAGUGCGCCGAGGAGAAUCCCGCUCUUCACCGCGGGGUUUUCGUCAAUAACAAGGUCGGUGACGAUGGAGGAGCGAAAAUGAGGCAGGUGAGGGAGGAAUUCGAGAGGAAGCAGAGGAGGGAUCGCGAUCGCGACCACGAUGCUCUGUUUUUCAGUUCGACCUCGAGCUCGUCGGAUUCGAGCUGUGGUGGAUUCUCCUCCUCGGACACCGAGUCCAUGUAUGGGCUCGUCAAGACGAGAAGCUCUUGCUUCGCUCCACCGCUACUACCGAGGCCUAAGCCGGUGAGGACCAACUCCUCUGCUAAACCGGAGAAAACAGAGAGGGCUCUGUUUCAGGAGCAGAGGAAGUCGCGUGACUUUGAUCGUUAUCGUCACGAUUCCUCUGUCGAACAGAGCGCAUACACUGAGGAAGGUAUGAUAAAGUCCAAAUCGAGAGCUUUAAAAAUUUAUGCCAAUCUGAAGAAGGUGAAGCAGCCGAUUUCGCCGGGGGGCCGGCUCUCAAAUUUCAUUAAUUCUCUCUUCACCACCACCAACACGAAGAAGUCAAAGUCGACCCCGGCGAUCGGUGGUUAUGGAGAACCAAAUGCGGAGAGGAAAUCUCAAUCUGCGCAUGCAUCCGUGUGUUCCUCGGCUUCUUCGUUCUCGAGAUCUUGCUUGAGCAAGCAUUCCCCAGAAACUAGGCAAAAACUGCAAAACGGCCUGAAGAGGACGGUCCGGUUCUACCCGGUGAGCGUGAUCGUGGACGAAGAUUGCAGGCCAUGUGGACAUAAAUCGCUGUACGAAGAAGAUCACGCGGAGUACGCUUCGAUUUCGAUGCCGGUGUCGGUGCCGAGCGCGUGGAAAAUCGGAGGCGGGAGGCCAUCGACGUCGAGGAAAACAGAGGAAACAGAGGAAGUCAAAUGCCACCCGAUCGAGAAGAGCCGGCGCGUGGAGGAGGCGGCCAGAGAGUUCUUUAGAGAUUACUACCAGAACCAGAAGAAGGUGAGGAACGACAGUUUCGCGGUGAGGGGUCACAGGGAGAUUCACCAGGUCGGCCAUGACAAGGCAGACGAGUGCCGCGACGACGACGACGAUGCGGCGAGCUAUUCGAGCUCCGAUCUGUUUGAGCUCGAUCAUCUUGCAGUGAUAGGCAAAGAGAGGUAUUGUGAAGAGCUUCCCGUGUAUGAAACCACCCAUGUUGGAAAGAAUCGCGCCAUUGCUAAUGGACUGAUGAUGUAA